GUAACGCAAAUGAAGUGGACGAGUGGAAACGAGAGAGAGGAAGAGAGGGAUUGAUGAAAAAAUUGCUAGCAAGAGAAAGAAAGGUAAAUAAAAAUGGAAAACAUGUCGGCAGUUGGCAUCUGUCGAUAGAGUGGGCCUUGAGGCUGAACGCAGGCGGUGAGGGUGAACAAUUACAGUGUGUAAAAAGCACCGCUGGAUGAUUUUGUACAAAAAGGUAAAUGAUCUAUCAGUGCGGGAUUUUAUGAAUAAAAUAAUACCAUAAUAACCCAUUAAUCGAUUAAAUUGCAAAAAACAUCCGAGUAUUUAGCUUUGUAAACCUCUAGAAUCACAAUCUGUACAUAAUAUACCCCCAAACGUGUCCCAUUUCAUUCGUAAAUAUUUUUAAACAUCCGUAACAAUAAUAAAAUCCCCCCCAAUAAUUCGGAGACUAUCAGAAAAAUUCACGAUAAAAAAAUGUAAAAAAAAUCAUAAAAAUUUCGUCUUUCCAAACCGGUGUGUCAAGUGUUGUCAAAAAAUAGCGGCGAGGCGACACUGUAUGUCACAAUUGAUUCAAUUGUUAAAUUCAUCUUGAAUCAAACCAUUUCCCCCAAUAAAAAAUCGCAAAGCAAUUUCUUUUGCCCCCGAAAAACGUUGAAAAGCCUGAAAAUUCAUAAAAUCCACUCGUAAAAAUGGGCAAUGCCAUGAGGAGCGACACUUCGUGAGACAUUUUGUGAGAGAGAGAAAGAACGAGUAAAAAAAAAAUAGUCGUGGGUUUUGUUAGUGCGACGCCGGUUGGAGUCGGGGGGAUAACCUUCAAAAUCGAAGCUUCCUUUCAAACCCUCGGGGACGAGCCUUCGAUAGGGAUAAUGAAGUGGCUCAGUACGAGCAACAUCGGCGGUGAACCGGCACCACAAAUGCAGCUACAUCAUCCAUCCGCCAAUGGCCACAUACCCACUGACGUCGAUCAGUGUGGACAGGUAAUGGCAAGUGGUGAAGCAGCACGUCUCCAAGCUGGACAGACAAGUCAAAUGGGCAUGAAUAGAGCCCAGGAUGACGCUAUGGUAGGUUAUGGGUUUCAGAGGCCAGCAGAGCCUGAAUUCAAUGCCCAGGCAUCGACAUUUCAGACUAAACAGACACCACGUGCUUGGGCUCUGGCAGACGAUCCCAUAAUUGACAACAGUCACGAAAAAUGGAAGUAUCCGAUGACAAAACUCAGUGUACCACAACAGAGUCAACCACCUCAGUUUGGACUUCAGGCGAUGAAUAACGUCCAUACUGUACCUUAUGAAAUACAUCCAAUGCAACUCAAGAGCGGAGGACCUGGUACCGAGCACUUGGUCUACCUAAAUAAUCAGAUGACUACCCAGCAGCUCGCUCUUUUUCAUCAUCAGCAUCAACAGCAGCAGCAACAGCAACAACAGCAGCAGCAACAACAACAGCAGCAGCAACAGCAAUUCAGAAAUGGACAGAUCGCACCCUCGGCUAAAAAAUUAUGGGGCGUGGAUGAGGGCGGUUCCAAGGAUGAGGGUGGUGUCAAGGGAGGUGGGAUACUUCAUCUUGGUGAUCAUCAGAUGUGGCGAGAUUCUACCUGGAGUACCCCAGAUCAUGCAGUCUCACAACCGAUAUCGAUGGGUACCGGAAGGCGAGUUGGUGUUGGCACUGGAUAUCAUCAUCAAACAUCUGAAGUUGGAGCUGUACUCAGCCCCAGAAGCAGUGAGACUGGUGGUCUUGGUGUUAAAAUGGUUGAAUACGUGCUGGGUUCAAGUCCCACGACACCGAAAGAUCUGGAGCCCCGAAUGGUUUCGCUGAGAUUGAAUGAUAGUACGGAUAAAAAGGACAAAGAUAAAGGUGCAGCAAGUCCAUUUGAUGGAUCUAAAGAUGACAAUGGACCUCAAGGCAAUGGUCUAGCCUCUCAGAAUGGUCUGGAUGAUGACAAAGGAUUUAAUCGUACGCCAGGAAGUAGACAGCCAUCUCCUGGUGAGGAGGACUUUCAGAAAAAUGCAGGGGCUACACUGGCUGUUAAUACUGGUGCUGGUGGUGUUGUUCUGCUGAAACCUGGUGAUGUUGUGGGAAGUGAGGAGCAUUAUAUGACAGCAUUUGCACCAGCACCACAUCAUCUUCAACAUCAUCAACCACCUACUCAUCAUCUUCAGCAUCCUCAUUCACAUGCCGCACAGUUGUUUGGUGCACAGGGGCCAUUGCCGCCACAAGGGCCACCUCAAGCACAACAGCAACAGCAACAGCAGGGUCCUCCACAGCCUCAGGACACGACAACUCAUUUCGACGUCCAGCAAUUGUUCAGGAGCCAACCGCAAGCUGCAACACCCCAACAACUCCAGAUACUUCAGCAACAACAGCAACAACAAUAUUUAGCAGCAUCCCAAGCAUCACAGACCCAACAACAACAGCAACAACAAAAUUUCCCGACAGCUCCUUACACUGUUAUCAGCGGACAAGAGCCUUACGUUGGUGCACUCAUCACUGGUGCUCCACCAGUGGUACCCCAGUAUUAUGGCGUUGGUCCAUGGGUUUAUCCAGCUGGACUACUACCACAGGCACCACCACAAGCAGCAGCACCACCACCCAGGAGACCACUUACACCGUCCUCUGCAGCAGCAGCUGCCGCACAAGACAGUGCUAACAAUCUUGCACAAACGGUUCAAGGACAGUAUCAAGUAAUUCCAGCCUAUUACGAUCAAAAUGGAUCAAUAGUGAUGGGUGGUGUACGUGGGUUAGGAUCAGCAGCGACUCCAAUGAGGCUAGUCAGUCCAGCCCCUGUCCUAGUGAAUCGAGCACCAUCGCAACCACCCCCAGGGCCACCAGCACCACCACCACCGAGCUUAUACUCUCAGCCCACUCCCACAUCACACAGUAAUGCAACACCAGGCGAAUGUUUAGGUCUGGCAGCUUGCAGUGCGGCGGCAGUGGUUGCACAAGCACAGGCAGUUGCCGUGCAACAGGCACAACAACAGGGCUCAGGACUUGCCGCUGGCCUGGCCGCUCUCGGUUACGGUGGUUCACCACUAGGUGCCCUCGGCUCACCAGCUCAACUUCAGAGUACAGGUUUGGGUCUCGGUGCAUCAUCAACUGGCAGACGGGAUUCAUUUGAUCGGAAUACAUCUGCCUUCAGUCCAAGUCUCGAAUAUAGUCGUGGAAAGUGGCCUCAAAGCUAUGGCGCAUUAGGAACUGUAACAGCUUCACCAAGUCCUCUCGGACUCUCCCUGACACCCCCACCGUCUAUUGGUGGAUCAUUGGGCGGUUUAGUAGGUGGUGCGAAUCGCGUUUCAGCAGCACCAGGUGCUGAGGCAAAAUUCAGGGCGAGUACUGUCCCAACAUUAACAGCGAAUGGUGUUUUUGGAUCGAGUAGUUCGUUGUUUCCGACUUUGGUUGGGAAACCAGGUAGGGGAGGAACGGCUGGAGUUGGAGAUAAAGGAGCUGGGGGACGUUCACGGCUGUUAGAAGAUUUUAGAAAUAAUCGUUUUCCGAGUCUUCAAUUACGCGACUUGGCAAAUCACAUUGUGGAAUUCAGCCAGGACCAGCAUGGCUCACGAUUUAUUCAACAAAAGCUUGAACGAGCGACAGCCGCUGAGAAACAACUUGUUUUCCAAGAGAUUCUGGCAUCUGCUUAUUCAUUGAUGACCGACGUUUUUGGAAAUUACGUGAUACAAAAGUUCUUCGAAUUUGGCACACCGGAGCAAAAAUCAACGCUUGCACAAAAGGUACGAGGUCAUGUACUCCCCUUGGCACUUCAAAUGUACGGCUGUCGUGUUAUCCAAAAGGCGUUGGAGUCAAUUGGACCCGAACAACAGCAAGAAAUUGUUCGUGAACUAGAUGGGCACGUAUUGAAAUGUGUCAAAGAUCAAAAUGGCAAUCACGUAGUUCAGAAAUGCAUCGAGUGCGUUGAGCCACGUGCACUGCAAUUCGUUAUUGGUGCAUUUGCUGGACAGGUUUAUUCAUUAAGUACACAUCCAUAUGGUUGUCGUGUUAUCCAACGUAUUUUGGAACACUGUACACCAGAACAAACACAGGGAAUACUGCAGGAAUUGCAUUCAGCUACGGAUCAACUAAUUCAGGAUCAGUAUGGCAAUUAUGUUAUUCAACAUGUAUUGGAGCAUGGAAAAAUUGAGGACAAAGCACAGUUGAUAAACAGCGUCAGAGGCAAAGUAUUGGCAUUAUCACAGCACAAAUUUGCUAGUAAUGUCGUGGAAAAGUGCGUUACACAUGCCACAAGGCAGGAGCGAGCCGUUCUCAUCGAGGAAGUUUGUGGUUUCAAUGACAGCGCAUUAAAUGUGAUGAUGAAGGAUCAGUAUGCCAAUUACGUAGUUCAGAAGAUGAUCGAUGUUGCUGAGCCAGGUCAACGUAAAGUACUGAUGCAUAAAAUUCGACCCCAUCUCAACAGUUUACGCAAAUAUACUUAUGGAAAGCAUAUAAUCGUGAAACUUGAGAAAUUCUUCAUGAAGGGUUCAUCAACAUUAGGUGUAUCGACUCCAGGUGGGGCAACAUCAGGUACAGGCGAUCUGGGGCCCAUUGGACCACCAGCAUCUGUUGCGGGUUCUGUACAGACGACUGCCCAACAACCAACACAGGUCUUAUAAACUAAGAAUUUCCUAAAAUCGUCACAUCUAAUUCAUCGUAACACUCGAAACGCAAAGUCUUAACUUUUGAAAUAUUAAGUCAAAGAUGGUCAAAAGUUGUGCCCAUGUAUCUGACACUGUUGUUGUGAUGAAAAUACUUUUCUUUGAUUAAAAUUACUCAUCAUUGAAAGUCCCACUUGCGAGGGAAAAAACCUAUUGACGUAAACGAUUUUUGUCAUCGUUACGAGUGUUACACUGAUCUCGAAGAGAUUACGAGAAGAUAAUUUCUGAUAACAAUAAUUUUUUUUCACUAUUAUUUGCGUGAUUGGAGAACACUCGUUUUGUAGGACGAAAUGCAUGAUAAUAGUGACGAAUUUGCUUGACUCUUUAAUCGAAUUAAAGAAUCUCGUUGAACCGGGUUAGAGAUAACGAUUAAACGAUCAUCGCAAACAAUUUUAUUUCUCAAAAACAAAGGUUUUUCUUUACUUCCCAUUUUUUUGCUUAUUAAAAUUUUCAAGAAUCAAUUACGAGGUUUACGAAAUUAUAAUUUAUUAUAAUUUAAUAUGAUAAGGAGGAAUUAAAUUUUACUUUUUCGUUUAAUUUAGAAAAUGAAGAAUAUACAAAUUUUCAUUUGAAAUCUUUCACAACAGCUGAUUAUCCUUUCGUUAUACGUCUCAACGAAAAGGAUAUCCUUGAGAAUAUAUCGAUAGAAAAAGCAAAAAUAUAGUGAACAAAAAUUUCGAGAAGCGAAAAAAAAAUGAAAAAUAACAGUUUAAUGAAAAAUUGAAAACCACUCUGAAACAAAGUGAGGAACUGCAUCCCCAUCCCAGCCUACAAUCCCUUUUUUUCACCUCCAUUAUUUCCCGAUUACCGCAAAUUUUGUAAAUUGUGAUAUAAAUAUUGAAUAACGAAAUGUGUAUAGAUACGACAAAACCAUCUCCCCUUUCUUUCCUUAAUUAAAUUUUUUUUAAUCCAUCCCCCCUGCAUUCAUUUCAACAGACUCUGUGAAUAUUAUGUAUUAUAAUAAUUACGAAUUAAUUGAAGCUAAAAAAUGGAUCUAAAAAAAUGAAGAAAUGAUAAACAACAUGAUGAGAGAGCGAAAUCAUUCAGAAAACAGAAAAAUCAUCUUUGAAAUUGGGUUUUCAUUGUUUCGAUUUUUCUUUUGAUCUUUAUACAAACAUUAAUAGUUGAACGAUAUUCUCUCGUCCAAAUCAGAUUGAUUUCCCCCUCCCUGCCCCCAACUCAUCCAAAAACACCUUCAUACCAGGUUUUCCUCAAAAAUCGAUGUAAGAUAGUUGCCAUUUUUUUUUACAAUGACAUGCACUCUUAAUUAAAAAAGAAGAAAUCAUAAAAAUUUAGAAUCGCGCGAUAUAAAUACUUCGAAUUUAGUUUAAACUUCAAUUGUAAAUUAUAUAUAUAUAAAUAUAUACAUACAUCUGUAAAAAAAAAGAGAAAAGUGAAAAGAAUGAAAAAAUCCAUGAGUUUUAGGGAAAAUUAAUUUUCGCACAAAAUUUUUCACCCUCCCGCCCUUUUGCCAAUUUGCCCCCAACUCUUGUGCAGUCGAUGUGACACAUUUCGAGGGGUUUUUAUUGUUUAAAUUAUUAGAAGGUAAUAACUGAAGUGAUUGAAUUUGUAGGGAUGUGGUGAAGGGUAAUGGAUUGAUUUUUUUUUGAUUCCGUUAAACGUGACAAGAAGAAAAUGUCAGGGGAAUUUUUUUUAAUCAACCCGGUAUAUUCUGAAAUGUUUAUGAAAUAAAGUUAAGGUCCAUUCAUUACGUUUUACCACCUCCACAGAAACUAAAUCUUUGCAGUGAUCUUUUUCUGCUUGAACAGAAUCACAAAUGUUUCGUUCUUAAAGCUUAACCUGAGACAUUACUUUUUAAUUAAUCAUGACGUUCAUUAUUACACUCAGUAGAGAGGAAUAAUAAUCGUCAGAGUGUAGAGAUAGCCGUUAUGCGAUGGUGAUCUUAAAAUUACGGAAAUUGAGCAAAUAUCGUAAGAAGGAAAUAUGUCGCAAAAUAAUUGCAUCGUCAGUUGUACACUUGUAAUAUUUCUUCAGCAUAAAUUUUAUAUGAGAAUAGUAACAUUAGCACGAAUACUUGUGAUCGCAUAAAAACAUAUAACAAAUUCCACCAUUGAUGAAAUAAUUAAUUGAAAAUGGUUCUUAAACAUGCGGAAAAAAUUGAGUAAAUGAGUUGAAAUGUUUUUUUAUGUAAAAUACUGUAUAUAGAAAAAUCAUCAUUUAAAAUGGAGUGAAAUCGACGUUUAGUUUUGGUAUUAAUUCUAUUUUUCAUUCGGGACAAAUUUUUUAAUCAAUAAAUGGAAAAGAACAUUCAGCGAAAUUGAGAAAUCGGUAGAAGUGGUAAAAUGUAACAAAUCGAGAGGUUUUUUCAUGGCUAUCUCGAUAGUAAGAGAAUUUAUUCCUUCCAUUUUACCAGAAAAAGAAAUCACUGUGAAGAUUAAUAUGAAAUUACACACCGAAAUGAUUACAGAAAUCUAAACAUUCCAGCCCGCAUCUCCUACCAAUAAAUAUCUAAAAGAAAUAGAGAACAUAAAAAUGAACAUUUUAGUAAAGAAAAAUAAAAAUCUGGAAAAUAAUGAAUCGUAAUGAAUGAAAAAGAUGAGAAUGCUAUGAAAUCAUAAUAGUUCCUUUAUCUUUGUCAAGAGUCGCGCGUUUAUCAUCUGUAAAUUAUUGACAAUUAACGAAUCAUUUGCAAUUACCUAAAAUAACGGAAUAAAGCCAACAAAGUAAUGAGAGAUAUGGUAUUAGUUGCCAUCGGAGUUUGUGACAAACUAAUAAAGAAAAGGAGUGAGAAAAAUGAGUGGGAAAAGUAAGAAAUAAUAUCUCAUGUCAUUUAUAUAUAAAAAAUAAUCCACUUGUAGAUGUAUAAUUAAUUAAUUAUUUGUUUUAUUAAUUAAUCUAUUAAUUAUUGAUACCAAUCGAUAAUAUUUUGUGUAACGAUUUUUAUUUUCUUUCAUUUUUCGUCCAAAUGCUCUGCCUUUUCAAUUUCCAAUUUCUAUUUUUUUUUUUUUUUCAUAAAAAUGUUGAUUCAAUCUUUGUAAACAAUAAGACAUCUUAUAUAUGCAUUAUAAAUAAUUAUCCCAGCUCUUUCUCUCCGCAUUAAACAGGGGAAUAAGGGUGGGAAGCGUUCGCAUGUAACAAUUUAUAAAUAUUGUGUAGAAUUUUGAAAAAAAAAUCAUCUCUCUCGUCUCCCGCCCCUGAACAUUCUCAUGAACUUUUUCCAUCUAGUGUCCAUCAUUUGUAGCUUUACAUCCAUAAAUAUCUAAUCGAUCUGACAUUUAUCUACUUAACAAAUAUAUUAAAAAUAAAAAAGGCAAUUUUACCUUCAGGUAAUGAGUAAAUUCAACUGUAAUUCAAUUGUAAACGAUGAUAUAUCUCGAAAUCCUUUUCAGUAUAAAUAAUGUAAAUUUUUUCUAUAGAAACUCGACUGCUCAGUUGUCACUACUUUUACGCAUGAUACUAAAAUUUAUCAGGAAGAGAGAAAAAAAAACGAGCAAAUGAGAAAAAUCUUAGGAACCUAAAGGAAUUCUUAUUUGAUUAUUGUUUAUAAACCAUUGUAAAAAAUUGUUUAUUUCUAGUUUAACGCACUUUUGGUUGACAAGCGGGUCUAUCCGGGAGUUGCUUUGAUCAUUUGCCCCCUCACGACAUUACACAAAAAAUAUAAGACACACAAAAAGUUGUAAGAGAGACUAAAACUUUUAAGUGGUGAAAUAGUUGAGUCAGGAGAGGUCGAUUCAUACGUCGAAUUAUUCGACGCUAUUUUGGGAAUAUUCGCACUAUCAUCGGAAAAUCGUAUUUCCUAUUCUACACUCAAUCUCUUCUGAUUUAUACCAAGUCAAAGGUUUUCAUGUUCUCUGAUAUAUGAAUAUAUCUCUGUAUCUGAAAAAGUGGAGAAUCAAUGAUUCUCUUUUCCCCUCAGCCAGCACUAUAUCCAUAUAUCACACCUGAAUAUUCACGAUCUAAUAGAGCCCAAUACAAAUCAUUUAAAAACACUUAAACGCAUUAAGCUAUAAUUAAAAACUUGAAAAUAUCCAUCGAUUAUUGGCGAUGAUGAUUAUUAUUGUAAUAAGUAAUAUUUAAAUAUUGUAACAAUUGUAUAUGAUUUUACUACUAACUAAUACACGCUAAUUGUAUUAUAUAUAUAUGGAAAGAAAAAUGAUAAAAAAAUAUGUGAAAAAAAAACGAUCUGCGUACCUCCCACUUUAUAGUUACACUUCAUAAAAAAAAUUAUUAAUUAUAAUAAUUAUCUGAUUACACGAGAAAAAAGAAAUUGAAAAAUUUUCAUCGAUAAAUGAUGAAUUUAAAAUCGUGUAGAAUCAUGUCAACCUCCCCUUCCCCCCUUUGCUUUAACUGCCAUGGCGCUGGCAAUUAAUUGCGAUUUAAUUUUCUGUUUACGUUGUCGAUUGAUUGUUGAUACGAUUGCAAAAGCUAAUUAAUCUCAAAUUAAGGAGAUUUAUUUUCAUUGGGAACUGGUGCGCCCCUGAUGUUUAAGACUGAUGUACAGUAGCGCGCUAUUCUCACAUUCACCCCACCCACCCACAUCAUUAAUUUUUUUCAUAACAAAGUGACAAAUGAUUGAAGUUAAUCAUGAGAAAAAUUAUCUUGAUUUUUUUUUGUAAGAAGAGGGAAAAUGCAUCAAUGAUACCAAAAAAUUGUGGACUCAUUUGAAGAAUUUCAGCGUGUAUAUAUUAAUAUCGACUUUUUACUUCCGGAGAAAGCCUUUCAUUUGCAGUCGAAGGAAUGUUACGGUUUGAGAGAUUUGCACAGGCAAAUGUGACGUGAAAUAUGUUAAAUUGGGUUUCGUUAAUCACUGUUUUAGAAAGAGUGGGUUCAGAAAUAAACGUAAGGGCAACGUUGUGGUGAGGAACUUUGUUUCAAGAUGUUGCACUUUACCUAGAUUGUUCCUCGUUUCGCCACUUCAUAAUUAAAUCCCUCGAAUAAUUAAUGCAGUCUCUGCAAUUAGACGAGUGCCACGCUAAAAUAACGUGCUGGUGAUUCCCCCAGCGUCCGUUCGAUUGACUAGCGAAUUAUAUGAAGUGGUUAAACGAAUGAAGUAUGAAAUCAGUUCGCAAACAUCUUGGGGAUUAGUUGUGAAGGGAAAUCGUACGAUGAAAAUUUAAAUUAAUUAUGAAGAAUAUUUUUCGCGUCCAGGAAAAUACGAUUGAAAAAUCUGAAUGAAGAUAUUGUUCACGGAAAAUUUUCUUGGGAAUAAUAAAUUAUUCCAGCAUUUACCGUUUCUCCGCAGGAUUUCAUGCUCAUUUAUUUAUGCAAAAACAAUUAUAACAUGUUGAUGAGUAAUAACAGAAUGGUGUUACUGAAGUCGUAUAUUUCAAGAUAGAACCGAAUUUAGAAAAGUGGGAUGGACAUAACGGCAUGAUUGACAUUUCGGUAUAGAAAAAGUAAAAAAAAUAUAUAAAAAAAAAGAAAAGAAAAAAACAAAAAAAAGGCAAAUAAAUACGUGAAAAUUGCAUACUUUGUAUAUUAGUGUAUAGAAUGUAGAAAAACGAGGAAAUGACGCAAAUGUAAUAGCCACAAGAAAAAGUUGAGAAAUACAAUAGGAUCCAUUUUCGACAAUGUUUUUUACAAAGAGAAUUAAAUUAAAAUUAUUAAAGAAGACGUUAUUGAACAGUACGCAGAGCAGUACAAGUAGAUAAUGGAAGUAACAAUAUCAUUGUAAUAUUUCAAACAGAAAUAAAUAAAUUCUGGUGAGAAGCUGUUGGUCAAAUGCACUAGAAAUGAGAAACGCAUUAAACAGACAUUAGAGAAGAUUGAAAUUUUGUUCUUCUCGCUGAAAAUUUAGUAUCUUUGUAUAAUUGUUGAAGACCAGUUAAACGUUAUUAUAUAAAUAAUUCCAGAACUCCUCUCAAUUAAUUGUUUUUAAACUUAAAUGGUAAACAUACCGAAAAAUCAAUUUUGUAGUGAAGUCAUAAUUUAAUUACAAAUCUUUCCUUUAGCUAUUCGGAACGUUUUUAUAAUUUCUCUUAUAAGUCUCGGGAAUUAUCAAGUCCAGAGAGAGAUCCUGGAAUAUGUUUUUGCAGAAAAUUCAAUAAUCAGAACAAUUGUCUCCUGACCAUUUCUGCCCCAUUGUUCAUAAUCGAAAUGAUAAAUUGUUUGUUUACCACUUCACUACAUAAUAUCAUUGUCAAAUUCAACAAAGUAAAGUCCAACUGAAAGUAUCUUUGCGUUGAAUACUUUAAAAUCAAACCUAGAAAAACAGAUUUUUUUCGCCUCUAUUGCUUCAAUAUUUUAAUAGAUGACAUUUGUUCGCUUUUUAGUUCACUUCACAUCGAAUAAUUUUUCAUGAUUUCAUUAUCACUCGCGCCGAAUCAUCCAGUAAGAACUACUCAUUCGUAUAAAUUACCUUUUCAAAAAAAAAUAAUUAAAGGAAUAAUGAGUGCUGGACUCCUCUACGUUAUUUUUAUUGAUUGUCUUUUACAUUUCAUAAAUGAUAAAUCGAUAUAAAUACCCAUUACUCCGAGGCACUCACAAAACACACAUCAGACACAAACAAGACACUUAAAAAAUGGUAAUAAGUAAACGGUAAUCUAAAUGUAACAUGUAUAUGAUGGCUGUACAAAUGUAACAUUUUUUUUCCAUUAUGUAUGAUGAUUAAUGAAAAAAAACUUGAUUCGAAUAAAAAAUGAAAAUUCA